AACUAUCCAACGGUUGAUAAUCCAACGAUUGGAUUGCAUUCCAUUUCCGCCCUGUCCGUCUGUUAAUUGUUUUCUCUCUCUCUCUCUCUCUCUCUCUCUCUCUCUCUCUUCUCUGUGCAUUUUAUUCGUUUACAAACCCUCUUCCAAACAAAGCAUUUGAGGUUAGUCAUUAUUUUGCAACAGCCGGCCACCGCCCAGCCCACCGAUCCAAUUGUAACAGAAAACCAAGCCACAGAAAGAGUCACAGACACUGAGACCGAAGACACCGGAGUAGAAUGCGGUGCCCGUACUGCUCGGCGGCUCAGGGGCGGUGCACCACCACUGCCGCCGGGCGAUACAUAACGGAGUGCACAUCCUGCGGCCGAGUCGUGGAGGAACGCCAGUCCCAAUCCCACCAUCUCUUCCACCUCCGAGCCCUGGACUCGCCUCUCUGCCUCGUCACCUCCGACCUCCCCACCCUCCCCAUCGCCGCCACCGGCGAACAAUUCAAAGACAAAGAUCAAGAAGAAGAAGAAGAAGAAGAAGAUCCGUUCGAACCUACCGGCUUCAUCACCGCAUUCUCGACCUGGUCGCUCGAACCCUACCCUGUGUUCGCCCAAUCUUCCGUAUCCUUCGCCGGCCACCUCGCGGAGCUCGAGCGCGUCCUCGAGACCACUUCUUCGUCCUCCUCGUCUUCCUCUGGUCCGUCCGUGGUUGUGGAUAAUCUGAGGGCCUAUCUUCAGAUAAUCGACGUGUCAUCGAUUCUCGGAUUGGACUACGACAUAUCGGACCAUGCGUUUCAGCUCUUCAGGGACUGUUCCUCGGCUACUUGUUUGAGGAAUCGUAGUGUCGAAGCGCUUGCCACUGCUGCUCUUGUGCAGGCCAUUCGGGAGGCCCAGGAACCUAGAACCCUCCAGGAAAUCUCACUUGCUGCCAAUUUGCCCCAAAAAGAGAUUGGGAAGUAUAUCAAGAUAUUAGGAGAAGCUUUACAACUAAGUCAGCCAAUUAACAGCAAUUCCAUAACAGUACAUAUGCCAAGGUUUUGCACGCUUCUCCAGCUGAACAAAUCUGCUCAGGAGCUUGCUACUCACAUUGGAGAAGUUGUGAUCAAUAAAUGCUUCUGCACUAGGAGAAACCCCAUUAGCAUAUCAGCAGCUGCUAUUUAUUUGGCUUGCCAACUUGAAGACAAAAGAAAGACCCAGGCCGAAAUUUGUAAGGUGACUGGACUCACUGAGGUCACUUUACGCAAGGUUUACAAGGAGCUCCUGGAGAAUUGGGACGAUCUGCUGCCAAAAAAUUAUACUCCAGCUGUCCCUCCAGAGAAAGCAUUUCCAACAACCUCAAUUGCCUCUGGUCGUUCUUCAACUCCUAGGAUUGACACAAUUGAUGUAACUUCCUUGGACAAAGACAAGCUGCUUGAAAUUAAGCCUACAAACCCAAAUGAAUUUUCAGACCCGUUUCUUCAGACAGGGUCCAAAGAGGAACCUGACAGCAAAGCCAAUAUUCAGAUAAUUCAUUCAGUGCAGGUGAAUCCGGCGCCAAGUUUUUGGCAGGCUCAGCAUCCGUUUGGGGCUUCUGGAAUAAUAACAGGAGAGAAAAAUAUCAUCAGCCAAGAAAUGGAUAUGGAUCCACAGCCUAAUAAUGCUCAAGAGUUGGAGGAGGCAGAUAAAGAUGCAAAGCCUGCUGCCAGUUCUCUGAAGCUGGGCCAGUUUUCGACAUCCAUGGCUCCAGGUACAAGUUCCAUUGCUUGGGCAGUCAAUCUCCAGCUUUGUCUAGCUCACCUUCAUCUCUUGGACUUGUGCAGCAAAAUUAUGGAGCCAGGAAUAAAACUGAAUGCGAUCCUCACGGGGAUACUUGUUAGAUUUUACUUCUCUUCUUUCUGUUGUUGUAGAUAGAAGAAACAAAACAUCUGGAACCAUAAUUUUGCUGCGGCUGCUGUUUGUAUUUAGUUCUUGUGUCCCUGUGAUGUGAAUGAUGAAAGGUCUUGUAUGGGUGGUGGGUUGAAGGGUUUGGAUUGCUUUGUUGUUCUUGUUUUCCCUUCCCAUGGGGUGUGAAGUGAACGGAAACUAGUUGAAUGAAGCUCCACUCACUAUAUCUCAGGCCUUAAAAGGUUCAUUUUCGUUUUCUAACUUGAGGUUACACUCAUUUUAGUAAGAGGAACUGUGAUAGUUUUUCAUGGCA